UGGGGAGUUGGGCGGCGGCGGGGCGGGGCCGGGCCGGGCGGCUGCCUCUUACCUGGCCAGGUAGCUCGCAUUUCCCGGCGAGCGGCGGCGCCCGCAGCACCUGUCGCCCGGUGCGCAGGCGGGGAGGACGGCGGGGGACAUGGCCUGGUAGGGUCCCCUGGAGAGACCGCGCGGCGUUCAGUCCCGGGCCGGGCAGGGCGACGGAGGCAAGGUCCUUCCCCGGCGCCCGCGCGGGCUGCGGCAGCAUGAAAAAGAACCAGACGGUGCAGGGCACCUUCAGCAAACUCUUCGGGAAGAAGCACGCCACCAACCCCAGCACCUCCCUCUACGCCACCAACCCGCCCUGGAUCUUCACCCAAGAGGCCCCGGAGGAGGGGACCAGGGGCUUCGAUGGCAUCUAUUAUGGAGACAAUCGGUUUAACACAGUGAGCGAGUCAGGAACAGCCACGCUGAAAGCUAGGCCAAGAGUCCGGCCCCUGCUGACUUUCCUUCCGCUGAAUGCCCAGGAAAACCAUGGGCUGGCUGUGCCCACCCCCUCAGUUCCAGAAGACUUUGCAGACAAAGAAGUGACAGGUACCAGCUCACUGGUCAAUGGCAACCUCCGACUGUACAGCUCUGUGGGUGACCUGAGGCCUGGGCAGUAUGGCCAGGAUCUGCUCAUCCCCCCACCUCCCCCAGGCCCAGCCCCGGGGCCUCCUCAGGACAUUUCACAACCUCCAGGGGAGUCGCCACUGCCACCGCCACCGCCACCUUCCACAGCACCCCCACCGCCUCCUCUGCUGCUGGAACCCCCGCCCCCACCCAGCACGGCCCCACCUCCACCCCCAGUAUUGGAGGCCCUAUCCCCACCACACGCUCUUUCCUCCCCACCCACACCUACCCCUCCUGACUUCAUUCCCCCUGCCCCACCCUUAGCCUUUCUCGUCCCCCCACCGCCUCCUCUGCCAGCCCCAGCACCUCCUGCUCCAGCAUCUCCUCACACAGUGGGGACUCGGCUCUUUCCCCCUGGGGGUGUCACCAAGUGGAAAUCAGAUGUAGCACUAAAUGGCAGGCAGGCAGAGGCCACCAGAGCUAGUCCCCCGAGAAGCCCCGCUGAGCCAAAGGGGAGCGCCGUGGGACCCACCCCAGAGCCCCACCUCACCUUCCCCCGUUCUUUCAAAGUGCCUCCCCCAACCCCAGUCAGGACUUCAUCCAUCCCAGUUCAGGAAGCACAAGAGGCUCCCCAAAAGGAAGAGGGGGCCACCAAGAAGGCUCCCAGCCGACUCUCACUGCCUCCCAGCUUCCAUAUCCGCCCCGCUUCCCAGGUCUACCCAGACAGGGCACCGGAGCCAGACUGCCCUGGGGAGCUCGGGGCCACAGCACCAGCCAGCCCAAGGCUUGGCCAGUCCCAGUACCAGGCAGAUGAACGAGCUAGGACUCCGCCUCCACCUCCUCCCCUGCCCCCUCCUGCACCCCCUCUCCCUCCCCCAGCACCCCCACUUCCCCCAGCUGCACCUCCUUUGCCCUCUGCUGAGAAGGCAGCCCCUCCACCUGCUGGGUUUACAAAAAAAACCAAAUCCAGCUCUCCUGCUCUCAAACCCAAACCCACGCCCCCCAGCCCAGAGGACACAGCGUCUUCAGCACCUGUGGACUGGAGGGACCCCAGCCAGAUGGAAAAGCUGCGGAGCGAGCUGGCGGCCUAUCUCUGUGGCUCCAGGAGGGAAGACCGAUUCCUCAGUAACAGGCCAAGCCCAACAGUGGCCUCUCAGAGCAAGGAGGGCAAGAAGGGCCUGAGCCUGCCAGCAAAGGACACUGCCCCAGGUGUUCCUGAAAAGAGUCUCGGUGACAGCAGCCUAACCGAGACAGAGGCUCCCUCCGGCCUGACCCUGCCCCCUGUGGACUACAUUCCCCAAGACUCUCCCAUGCCCAGUGUGCGGCAGAUCCGGAAUGAGCUGGAGGCCCGGCUGUCUUCAUCAGCAGAGAAGGAGGCUAAGGCCAGCAUAGGGUCUCUGCCCCCUAAGCCUCGGCUGGAAGUGGGAAGAAUCUUUGAAAACGGGGCUGAUGAUGACAAAAUCUCCAAGCCUGUGGCCAAGAAUCUGCGACCUCAAUCCACCACCCUGCUGCCAACCACAUCACUCCAGCCCAAGGCCACGUUGGGACCAGCCACACCACCCAAGACCACACCUGGGCCAGCCACAGCACCCAAAACCACACCUGGUCCAGCAGCCACAGCACCCAAGUCCAUACCUGGGCCAGUCACACCACCCAAGGCCACAUCUGGUCCUGCCAUACCAUCUACAGCCACAACUCUGCCAACCACCACAUCCCAACUGAUGGCAGAGAAGGAUGAAGGCCCAGCUGGGAAGCCAGAGAAACUAGCAUCUCAAGAAGUUUCCAUUCCCUCCCAGCCAAGGGCAGAGGGGUACCCCUCAGAGGCCACCAGGCUGCCCACACAGGGAGCCCGCUCAUCUCCAGCCCUCCCACCAAAGGCAUCUCUUGGUAGAGGAGAGGUGCCAUGUCUCUACAAGCCCCACUGCCGCCAGAGCAGCCCCAGUCGUGAGGUUGGUGUGGUGAUGCCUACCCUGACCAGAGGAGAGGCUGCAGGGCCAGAGGAGCCCGUGGAGGUGAAGGAGCCCCUGGGAUUGCCAGCCAAGCCCCCUGCCCCAGCCCAGCCCACUGAUGAACUCCUCAGGCACCCGGUGACUGGGGAGGUAGUGGAGCGGGGCUCGCCGAUGGCCCUGCUCCUGGCAGCCAGGCAGAGGGUGCAGAGGGGGAGGUCUGGAGGGGCUGCCCUGGGCCGGUCCUCUCUACCAGGGAGUCUCCGUGACCACAGCCACCAAGCCGAGGCCGGCUCUGACAGCAGCUUCCACAACCAGGGCAGGCCCAACUCCUUCACUGUGGUACCUAAGUUACCGAAGGAGGCUGCGAAGGGCUCCCCGCUGACGACCGAAAUACCCAAUACGUGGGGGCCACAGCCGGGAGGAGACACAGAGGGCACACAGCCAAGCCUCAGACACAACUGGACAAAGACGGAGCCCCAGGCCCCUGUGGCCUGGGAAAAAGCAGCUCCCUCCAACCUCCCCCAGGGCCGCCCGCUGCCCAAGUCUUUCUCCUCCCCACCUUCUCCAUCGUACAAGAGGGAGGAGGAGGAGGAGGAGAAAGAGUUCAGCUUCGAGGUCAUCCCACCGCCGCCAGAGUUCAGCAAUGACGCUGAGCCCCCGGCGCCGACCCUCCAGUAUCUGAGCCGCCGGGGCUGCCCUCCCUGGAACACCUUCUCAGACCUGGGACAGCCCCCGGACGCCGGCCCCGCUGCGCCCCCGGCUCGCGGCUUCUCGCGCUUUCCCGCGGGCGCGCGCUACACCGGCGCGGGCGGCCUGGACCGCUUCUCCGGAGCCGGCCGCUCGCUCAUCAAGAAGCGCCUGUACGUCGGGGAGCCGCAUCGCGACACAGGGUUGUCCCGCGGCGGCACCGCCCGCAGCCUGAGUUCCCCCAACUGCUUCGGGCCACAGCCCGGAGGCCCCGAGAUGCGGCGCGUGAACUCAGCGGGCCGCGCGCCCCCCGGAGGCCUGCACGCGCGGAAGCUGUCCCUGGAGGGCCCCUCCCGGGGCGCCGCGGAGGCCAAGCACAAAGCGCCGAGUGGCGCCGACUACGGCUUCGCCCCAGCUGCCGGCAGAUCUUCCCACACCACCACCCGCUACGGAAGCCCCAUCAACACGUUCACCGUGAGGCCUGGGACCCGCCAUCCCAUCUCCUAUGCCUGCUCAGGGGCCCAUCGGAAAGCCGCCUCCUGAGCCAGGGGUUCUCUCAGCUCUGCUCCAACAAACUGUGUCUUUAAGUGUCAUUAGGGAUCUGAGCACUUGUUUCUUGGUGCGGGGGGGUGGGAAGUACACAGCAGGUGUUAGGCGACCUGACUCAGACACAGAGGAGUCGUUGAUCCCCAAAGACCGACGACGAGAAGCCGUGGCCCAGGAACAUCCAGAGUGGGCUUCUGUUUCCCAAAGUGCUGGCGCGGCUGUGGACUGCUACACUUGGGGGGUGGGAGGGGUAGGAGGGUAGAGAGGAGGAACCGUUCAGGACCUAGGCGCUGAGUUUCUGCCCUCUGGUACUAUCUGCUUUAGCAAGAGUUAUUUAGAAGUUUUACAAGCA